GUACUAUAAUUACGGGCGGCAAUUCCAGCGUCCCAGCGCCAAGCCAUGGAGCGAGACGUGCACACCCCCUUGAACGUUGACCGGCCCAUUCCCAUCAAGCUGGCGAAUGCAACUCCACCACAGCGAACAUUCGAUCCGAACGACCCCUACUACCUCUACCAAGAACGGAAAAAGUCGCGAAUGCUGCAGCGAUCCAUGUCGGUCGCCGAGAUCGAGACCCCGCCGCCACCCCCUGCCGUGGUGCUCCAAGGGGAUGUCAACGACCCACAUACCUUGCUGCGGGCUGUCUUCCAGUACUACUGCCGGUUCGGGCGCACUAGCACUCAAGGCAGCAGCACCGACGUGACCCUUGACAAUGUGAACUUUGCCAAGUUUUGCCGGGAAUGCCCCCAUCUUGUGGGGCCAACGUUCACCAUGGUCGAUGUCGAUUUGACCUUUUGCAAGGUCAAGAUCAAGAAGGAACGGCGAAUCACGUACGCCAUGUUUCUCGAGGCGAUCGGGAUCAUGGCUCUCAAGAAAUUUCCGAAUUUGGCGCUAGAGCUAGCCGUGCCACGGUUGCUCCAAGAGCACAUUGCAACUCUUCCCUGUCUUCGUCCAGGGUCAAGCUCCCCAAAUCGAGCUUCCGUCGUUGUUCGAGUUGUCUCGAGCCCGCCGAAAUGUCCCCCGCGCAGCCCCCUCUCCACAGCCGUGCAAGCCGAGCCACCUACAACAGCUUUUAUCCUUGAAAAGGCUCAGUUGUCGCUCGAGCAAUACCACCGCCAAGUAAACAUGGUCAACACGCUGGCUCGGGUGGAGGGAGCGACUCAGGCCGAAGUCCAAGAUUUGGAGGACCGCAUCAAGUUUUGCUACAUGCUGCAGGACGAAGUAGCGGGGCUGAUCUCGGACCUGCCACGGGGUUUUGAAGCGUAUCGCCGUAUGUGCAAGGAAGUCGAGCUUUUGUCGGCGAACUUAGAAGCAUCCGUCAAGGUAAUGGCUAAGGUGCAGCUUCAGCGGAGUGCGUUCGUCGCGGAGGACUCGCCGCAGAAGCGCGAGAAUGCGGUGAUGAGCAAAUUGUUUCCAAACGGGAUGGCCCUUGACAUUCAAGAAACAAUGAAGCAAAUCAUGCAAGCCGAACGCGAUCGCGUUCAAUUUGGCCAGGUGCUCCAAGAGGACGUCGAAGGUGACAAGGCUGAGAGCAUCCGCACGAGUGAAGUCAGCGAUCUGUGCCUGACCAACAUGGACGCCGAAUCAUUUGCGCGACGCCCUUGUUGACAUGACUCUCCUUCCAUUAACGCGAUCAACAGGAUCUUCUUGCGUAUGCCUCCAAAG